UUAAGUGCGCGUCUAUGUAAUUUAAGCAGUGGUAUCGAUUAGUUUAUUGGCAAUAUAAGACAAGACAAUUCGUGUGCAUUCAACUGAGCACUCGGAAUUUUACUAAUCGCUUAACUUGAUAAAUAGAUCAGCAGUUAUAUCGGAGAUCUCUGCAUUUGGACGUGCGUUUAAUCACUGUGAAUUAUCAAGUAAGAUCGGAACAAUAAAAUGAUUAUUAUUGUAUAAUUAUAAUGAACCUUUUAUUGUGCGUUUAAAAUAUCUAACAGUGUUUGAACUAAUAAAAAUUUAAAAUAAACUAAGUUUAAGCGUUGUUUUGUCCUAAAAUACAUAUUGAACCGUUGUUUUUGUUGUGCAAAGAAUUAAGUGGAUACAUUAAUACAAAUUAUUGAAAGGAUUUCUAAUCUGGAUAUGUGACGGCGAAUCCUCAUAGUGUGAGAUAAAAUGACGGAAUAACAUUUCUACAAAACAUCGUUCAGCUAUUGACGUAAAGGUUAGACGUCGACAUCGACGCAAUGGGUGACGAUACGCUGUGUGUGGGGGACGUCGUUUGUCUUUAUUCGGCCGAAUCAUACGGCUUUGUAUUCUCCUCACAGAGCAGUUCUGUACACAAUGAGGUUGCUGUUGGGUCCAAACAGAACAAAGAAAAGCCAGACUUCAAAGAUCAAAAUGUAUUCUCGUUCGAAGUGUGUGUGGCCAACAGAUACAAGCUGAACAAAGAGCUGCGGAAACUACAGGACAAGAUUGAGGAGGACCCAGAGAACUAUGUCCUGAGAAGUCAGCUGCAUGGGAAAGAGCAAGCGGCCAAAUCAGAAACAGACGAUAAUGAGCAGGAACAGAGCAGACAACAGGGGAAGAAACUCUUGUAUGGUCAGAUCAUUCAGCUGAAGCACAGGUUCACUCAAAAGUUCAUCCAUGUGAGCACCACAAUCACAUCUCCGACUGAAAGCAACAACAUGGCUGUUGAACUUCAAGAAUUUAAUGCCAAGCACGCACAAUUCAAGGUCAUGCCUCGUUACAAGGUUAAGGCAGAAGGUGAUGUGGUGCAAGUAGAUGACCAGGUUGUGUUUGAGAGCAUCAAGUCCCAUGGACAGUACCUUCAUGUGUCGAAAAAUGUCCUUGGCACUGUGUCUGUCUACAGCAAAAACUUUGAGUUGAACCUCUCAAUACAUAAGUCUGGAUUCACAAUCAUAAGAAAAUACAAGCCCUCUCCUGAAGAUGAGAAGAAAGUCAAGGCUGGGGACAUUGUGCGGUUUUAUCAUAAGGAGAUGGAGGCUUACAUGGUGGCAGAGGGUCUUUUUGAAGACGUACUCACAGAAGAUGUGCACUUGAGGAUGCGUCCAGUGGACCAGUCUAACCCCAAGACGCUGUUUCCUAGCAGUUCUGCAGUCACAUACUGGCAGAUAGAGCUACAGGAGGGCAGCACUGCUGGUGGCGUCCUGAAAUGGGAGCAGCAGUUCCGCCUGAUGCACAUGUGCACACGCAAGUACCUGUGUGUGGACCAGGGGGGCAAGGUGAACCUAACGUCAGACCAUCAGGACCCAAAGACGGUGUUCAGACUCCACCCUGUCAUGAGGGAGAGUGAUGACAUCCCAGAGGACAGUUACUGCAGGAUGGAGCAUGUUGUAUCGGGUCAAUGGUUGCACUCAUGCACAGAGAAGUAUAGUAAGAAGAAGCAGGAGGAGGCAGCAAAAACCGACAGCAAGUCCAUGGGGUCCCUCAAGUGGAGCAAGGCCCAGCUCAGGAGGAUCUCUGUUGUGGAUGAGAAGCAGUAUGAUGAUGCAUUCACGCUGCAGUCAGUGGACCAGGGCCUUGAGGAGAUCUUCAACUUUAUGGCCGGAGUGGUGCCAUUUAUACAGAAAGUGGUAGCAGAUAAGAAAAAUGGCGUGAUACUGAAUGCAAAAGAAACCCACAAGGUUAUUACAGGCCUGUCAGAGAUUGCAGUGUUCAUGAUUGUGGGUGGGGAGCCGGUCAAGCAGCGGCAGAAACUAAUGAGGAACCUUCGGAUUGUGGAGCUGCUCAUUGGACUUCUCAAAUGUCCUUUCAACGGCGCAGACCAGUAUCACAUGACCAGCAUCUUCAAGGCAGCAUAUGAAGUUCUUUACAGUUACCUGAUCGGUGACUCACGCAAGAACGAGCUCUAUAUCGCCAAGUACAUAGAUUUCUUCUUGACACAGUUUGAGAUCAAAGAGGGAAAGAUUGGCCUGAAUGCAGCUCACAUGGUGAUGGAACUCAUUCGAGACAAUCGCAAAAUCUUGGACCGAAUCACGCACGACCACAUUGACAGGUUCAUUGACCUGCUGAAGAGAGAGAAAAACUACCGCUACCUGGACCUGCUGACCGUGCUGUGUGUGUGCGAUGGGGUCUCCAUCGCAGACAAUCAGAAGUACAUCACGGAGGUCUGGCUCAUGAAAGGAACACGACAAAACUGUGUCAAAACUGUGUGUUUUUUCACUGACCUGGGGCAGAAGAUUGGAAAGGAGUCUGGGAAGGUCUUCGUCUCUACAAAUAAUGGCGCUAGUUACAUUGAGCUUCACACAUUUGCCAAUCGCGACAAAGAGGACGAAGAGUAUCUAUUUUUAGAACAUCAGCUGGAUCUGUUUGGCUAUCUUUGUCAUGGCCAGAACAGCCACUCCAUACAGGUGAUAACAACCCAACUCAACUACCUGACAUGGGAAGAAGCGUUCUUGUGUCUCAGUGACUCUCAACUCCCAGACCAACUGCGUGCAAAGUACUGCGACCUGAUCAUCACCAUGUUUGUUGACAUAUCUGACAACCAUUCGGUGGUGGACCGGGUAAAAUUGUCCUACAUCUACGAUGAUAUCGACGAUGAGAUGGCAAGUCAUAUUAGCUGCCCUCUGAAAAAAUGGGGCUUAAUGCAUGGGUGCAAAUGUUUCUGGAUGGAGGACAUAACGGACAACAGCCAGUCGCUGACGUACCAGUACUUUCCCCAGAUCAGUGAAUGGAUUUCAGACUUCCUUGGUCAGAACGGAGACAUGACGGCCUCCAUGAUUGGCAACAACAUGCUCGUAAAACAGGUCCUUCGUUUGGUGCACUACCUGGUGUUAUUUGGCUAUUAUGACGGGUCUGCAGAGAUCAAGAAGAUGCUGAGCCCCCUGAUGAGCCUUUUGGAUGGGCGCAAUGACAAACCUUACCCGAAAAUAGAAGGUAAAGAAGGUCAGGAAAUGUUGCAGGUGUACCAAGAGUCAGGCAGGUUUAAACCGAGCAUAGAAACUAAGGCAAUUGUGGAUGCCAAGUGCCAAGCCCUGGAAGUAUUGGAUCUAUUCUUCAACUUCAUUUUCAACAUUCGUCUUGAGAAAUUCAUCAACUUGUUCAAGACAACCCAGCAGAUUUUAUCAGAUCCAAAUAGGUCGCACUCCGGAGAUGUGGCUGAGUAUGCUCCCAUGAUGGCAGAAAACUUUGUGCUGAAGGAAAACCUGAGUGUUGCAAAGGCUGGUUUGAGGAAGCUGACAGAAAUCUUCGAAGUAACCUCUUUCCUCAAGAAUUAUGACCUUGUGGAUAUUCUCCUGGACCUCUCCAACUAUGAGUAUGAUCAGAUGGUACACAAGUCUAUGAACCUGCUCAACCGUUACUUCUCAGCGCACAAUGAUCUCUUCAUGCGAGCGAUGCAGGCUCAGGUGUUGAUAAACGACUCCUCGGUGGCAGUGUACAAUGACCUUGAGGAAAAACUGCCCCAGCUGCGCCAUCUGUCCUCAAACAAACUGGGCGACCAUGAGGCUUCCAAGCUGGCACAGAUACUGGAUGUUCUGAUACAUUACUGCCACCUGGAGGGUGAGGAGGAGGAGCAUCAUGCCAUGAACCAGAGCAUUCUUUAUAACAACGGAGUACUUGAAGAUUGCUUUAUCAUUUUGGAGCAAGAAAUAGACGUCAAACUACUGGACCAGUACAAAGGCCUCCGUCAAGUGUUUGAGAAGACGUUCACGCUGAUGCGUAGGCUCGCCAAGGGCAAUGGGGUCGUACAGGAGCGCCUCUUUGAUCGCCUUGACCUCCUCCUAGCAACCGAGGGGGCUGCACCUGAACUAGCCGAGGCCCUUACUGAGGUGUUCACCAAUAACACCCAUACCUGCAUGAAGAUAGGGCAGCACCAGGUGCAGAAGAUCAUGGCGCUGGUGGCCACCCACAAGACCGCCGUGCCUCAGUUCCUUGACCUUCUUAUAGCCAUUGUCAAGGUCGAGGAGCUUGACCUUCCGCUCAAACGAAAUCAGAGCUUUGUGAUGACCUUCUUCAUGCAGUACAGAACUGAGGUGGCGUUCUUGAUUGACAAGGAUGAGAAAGCUAGGGAAGCCAUUCUUACAUCAAGCAACUCUCAAAAUCUCAACUUCCUGAUUUCCAUCGUGGACCUGUUGGCAACAUGUGCUGAAGGUGAGAACCGAUUUAUUGAGUCGAUCUGCCAGACAAUCUUCAAGAUUCCCGAGCUCUUGAAGAUCCUGAACAACCCGAACGUCAGUGACAACCUGAAGCGACCGUUCCUGCGUUUCUUCGUCUGGGUGUACCUGAACACAGCCGGCGGGAUGAUAGAGAGUGGAGCAGGGGACAUACCACAUGACCCUGCCAUGUGGGGCUACCUAAUGAGCCUGUGUGGUACGUUAGAAACAGUCACAGAGUACGCAAACAACAACCCGGCCAUUGUGAAACAGCUUCUCAAGAAACCUCCGAGUAAAAAUGAGAGAGGUGUAGACCGGUCUGAGCAGAUGAGAGGCUCCCUACACUACUUGUUUGAUGCUGUCAUGCCAUUCCUUCAGGUGUUUUGUCGCAACUACUACCAGCCAGAUCUGGCCAGCCACCCCUCAGAGCCCGCCAACAUUGAUUUGCUGGCAAAGAAGUUUGAGAUGUUCCUGAACGUGUUGUCGCCCCUGGUGAGUAUCGAGCAUCAGAUGCAGAGCCUGGUGUCAUGCAUAAGUGUGCUGUUCUCUGCGUCAACACUCGACACAGAGGAGAUGGGGGCGUUCCAAGAGAAAUACGGAAAUGGGGUCAACUGUCAGGAUGUCAGGAGUGAAGCUCGCAAGGGCAAGGCUAAGUACAAUUUUUACGUGUCUCUGCCCCACAGCUAUGAGGAAUGCUACGAGGGAGAGGAAGACAUUCAACCGCCAAACUGA